AUGGCAUCUGCUGUGAUGAAUGCAACUACGGUGGCUUUGGACUGGCUAUCGUCAUCCUUCGAUGCGCCUCUUGCCCGGGCUGUUAUUUUUGGUGUUCAUGUUGAUGGUAAGGUUCUUGCUCCGUUUCCCCCCUGCGACCUGUUCUGGGAACCUUGCCUCAAUCUGAUCCAGCUCUGUUGUCGACUCGUUGUUGAUUUGAAGGGCACCUGGUUGUGGAAGUGCUUCUCAUAGUUGUCAUACUAUUUCUUCUGUCCAGAAAGAGCUACAAGCACCCCAAGAAACCUCUCACAGAGAAGGUGCGUAUAUAUGAAUCUUUGGGCUCUUUCUUUCGGUGCUUAGCUUCCUCUGUUAGUGUAGCAACAUGGGCUGGUAUGAAUCGCUGGUAAUAUUCUCUUGAUGUUACGGGGGAGCAGGCUCGCACCUUGCUAGGAAAUCCAUGCUUUCUGGACCGCAGGGCCGUUGCAAUGGACUGGUCAACCCUAGGGACAUAUUUUUUUAAUUUUUUCCUCAGAUGGGUGCAAAUUGGGACAGAGGACAUGCUUUCCAUGCACAUGGCGGGCAAAUCCCUCGAGCAAUCUUCCUACCUUUUUACUAGCCUGUGACAGUGAUGAUGCUUUUCUUAAAUUCUCUUAUGCCAUGUCUUACUCUGAGUAGUUGGUCAACAACUCCAAGACUGGACAAAAAUUAAAAAGAAAAAUGUAUUUUUUUCUGGUUUUCAUGGGUAAACAUAUUCCCCCCUUGUUUUUGUUCCUUACAGUCCAUAAAGUUAAUGUUAUUCUCGAUGCAUAUUGCAUUUCAAUAAUUGAACAAAGGAUCAGCUGAUGCUUCGUCCAUAAUUCAUCAAAUAACUAGCUCUGAUCCACAUCUAGUGUCUCAGUAACGUUCCAUAAUCAAGUUCUUAUGAGAAGGUGGCUCCAGGAGUUGUGAUUUUUCACGUAGUCAGUGUUGGCCUCUUUUUUGCAUUUAUUUGGUUACAUCAGCUUUAAAAUCUCAAUGCUUAUGUACAGCCAUUUUUAUGAUCAUUCUUAUCCUAGUUUUUGGACAUGCUUUUUAUUCGUCGUUCUCACAUCAGUACUCUUGUUGGAACAAGGCCACCUUCUCUGAACAAAGACUUUAUUGUCAUUUUUUCAACUGCUACUGCGUUCAAGUGUUGUAGUACUAACAUCGAUUUUACCUUCAAAUCUGUCGUAAAUAUGAGGUAUGUUUCUUUUCCUCAGGAAAUUGAUGAGCUCUGCGAAGAUUGGGUCCCAGAACCUCUUCAUCCUCCUAUCACAGAAGAAAUGCUAUCUGAGCCUCCUACACUGGAAAGGUGAAGAACGAUCAGUGAUUCUUGAGUUGUCUUUUUACCUCGCCGGAAAAUUUGAAGAAGUCUUCUUGUUUAAUCUGAUUAAUGAUGAUGAAUAACCCAAAAAAAAAAGGUGCAUUUGCUCACAGUAUUUGGCAGCGUUAAGGUGCCAUGUUGUUGUUUUAAGCUUGCGUUCUCUACUGGCUUUCCUGGUGCGCGAGUCUGAUGUCGUGUUUUGAUCACGGUCUUACUGGUUUACAUCCUCCGAUGUAUGUUUUAUCUUCAUUCAAGUCUCUCUUAUGGUUUUUUUCCUCUGAAAUGAUUGAUUAUGUUUUAAAGGAGAGAUUGCUGUUGAAGGAACAAGAACAUUGUUUUCAAACUUUUUUUCAAACACGUAUAUAUCUUCUUCCGGCCAGAAAAUGGGUCAAAAUUAUGGGGUGAUCAACUUCAUAUCCUAAUGAAAGGAACAUGUUGAAUUCUGCCAUACAGAAUUCUGCCUUCUUCAAGUACACCUUCCGUGAGUUUAUGUUUGAUAGCUUCCAUGAAUUCACUCAAGAACACCCUAUUUUCGCUGGCUUUUACUCAGCACCUUAUAAGCAAGUAUUUCCCUAGUUCUUUCUUGUACACUAAUUAGCCUGGUGAUCUCAAUUUUCCUAUGUUUCUCAUUGAAGCUGUCUGACCCGAAGAUUGGAGAUCUUUACGGAUGCCUGGCACCCAUCCCCGUCUCAAUCUAAAACUAGCUUAAAGAAUUUGGCAUCAUUGAGCAUUACCUACUUUCAGAAAGUCACUUGUUAACUUCCCUGCUCAUAAUAUCCUAUUUCAUUUCAGUGCUGCGGGUACACAUACCAUGAUUGAUGGGAAGGAAGUUGUGAACUUUGCAUGCGCAAACUAUCUCGGGUUGAUUGGACACGAGAAGCUGAUUGUGAGACUAACUUCUCGUCUAUAUAUCCUACCAUUCUUUUCCGUACUUGUUCCCAUGAAAAGCGAUACUGAUACUAAUUUUUUUGGUAGAAUUCUUGUGCUAGUUCGUUAGAGAAAUAUGGUGUUGGUUCUUGCGGUCCCCGUGGUUUCUAUGGAACAAUUGGUAAUGUUCGUUUGGACUAGCUUUCGGAAAUCAGUUUUACUGUAUUUGAAUGAUAUUUCUAAAGUGGGUAUGUUUUGUUGUUUGCAGACGUGCACCUUGACUGUGAGGAAAGGAUUUCAAAGUUUCUUGGCACUUCUGAUUCAGUGCUCUAUUCGUAUGGGAUUUCUACUAUUUUCAGUGUUAUUCCAGCUUUUUGCAAGAAAGGAGACAUUAUUGUGGCGUGAGUAUACUUCUCUUCUCUCAUCAUUGCAUGAUUAUAUCGAAUUCUGCCCAGAAACUGAAGUGCCGAGAGCUCUUGUUUGACCUAAUAUGUUCAUCUAACCAUGCGUAUGAUAUUACUAAUUCAAAAUUUUACUCAACUUCUUGACAAUGCUUCUAUUAUGAUAAUCAUUUAAUAGGUUUUCGAGUAUAUAGUUUUGGGUUUCCAAUUGGAAUAUUCUCUUUAUCUACAUUCCAAAGUGGAAAGAAUGAAGAUAUUUGCUCCCUCUCUCUUCCUCUCUCUAGAUUUCGAGCAGAAAAUUUUCACCUUUUUGCGUGUAAGAAAGGCUUUUGGGCAGUUCUAGGAAAGCUUUCCAAGGGUUACAGAUUCUUUCUUAUGCGAGGAAAGAUCGGAUUUGCACGCCCAUGGCGAAUAACAAGCUUCAUUUUUCUUGUUUUCCAGUGAUGAGGGUGUCCAUUGGGGAGUUCAGAACGGUCUCUACCUGUCCAGGAGCACUGUCGUGUAUUUCAAGCACAACGACAUGGCAUCACUGGAGAGUACUCUGGAGAGAAUCACCAAGGGAAACAAGCGCGCAGAAAGGUUACGUCGCUACAUCGUGGUGGAGGCUGUGUACCAGGUAUCGUUGACCUCUCUACAUGAACUUAUUAUAAACAGUUGGUAACGAGGACCAAGGUCAAUGUGUGCAACUAGAUCUUGCGACCCCUGGUUGGAUUACAUACCCUGACAGACGACUCUAUGCGCUAGGUACGGCUCAGUGAAGUCAACACUUUGACUUCAGAAACCAGAGGGCUGCUUCGACAAUGUCAGUGCAUUUAGCUCAUCAGUCACUUUGAAAAAAAAAAAGAAAGAAACUUGGCGUUGACCCCUCUCCUGUUGAUGGGUUUAGCUGAUACCCCUAUCUGCUUCUAUUUCACCUGUUCUUUAGACGAGUUUAAUGGCUUCUAGUUAGUGAUCAUUAUCUUCAGGUUAUAACAGCAUUCCUCUCUGAGUCGCCAAUAUAUUUCUCUCUCUCUCUAUGAUUAUUUCUUCAUUCCCCUUAAGGUUCUGGAGAUGGAUCAUAGCAGGGUCUCGGAGAAGGGCAUGAGCCCUGAACCCAAAAUCCUCAGAUUUCACGAACCCAAAUAUCCUAUGAUCUUCGCUGUUGAAUGGCAGAAAUGGAGUAACUAGUCAACCUUCUCAGUACCCAUGCAUGAUUUUGACUUUGAUUAAUGAUUCCUCUUCUUUGACCGACUGCAGAACUCAGGCCAAGUGGCCCCGCUUGAUGUGAUCGUCAAACUGAAGGAGAGGUACCACUUCCGGGUCAUCCUGGACGAAAGCAACUCCUUCGGCGUCCUCGGAAGCUCUGGCAGGGGCCUUUCUGAGCACUGCGGGGUCCCCGUGAGUUCCUCCGGCGAUCGUUUGAUUUAUUAUUUUCGUCCUCGAUUAUCUCAUUAUUCAUCCAUUCAUACUUAAUUUCUGAUAAACCCAGAUCAAUAAGAUCGACAUAAUCACGUCCGGGCUGGGGGGCGCCCUGGCGACCGAUGGAGGCUUCUGUACUGGCAGCGUGAGAGUCGUCGAUCACCAGGUAAGCAGUCGUCGAUCACCAUGUACCGGCGCGGUCGAUUUCUUUGAAUCCAGGUGUCGUUGACUUUCCAUCUUCGUUGACUUUCAGCGUCUCAGUAGCUCUGGGUACGUCUUCUCCGCGUCGCUGCCCCCUUACCUGGCGAGCGCCGCCAUCUCCGCCAUUGACCACUUGGAGGAGAACCCUUCUCUCCUGGGUCAACUGAGGGAGAAUAUAUCUCUGCUGCGGAGGGGUAAGUCUCGAGGAAGGAGCACUCUAUCUAAAUCGCCUCUAGAUGUGGAAAUCACUGGUUCUGACUGUCCUUUCCCAUUGUUGCCAUAUUUGGAAAACCCAGAGCUGGAGGAUGUACCCGGGUUGACCGUCUCGAGCAGCCCGCUGUCCCCCAUGGUGUUUCUCACAUUGAAGAGGUCAACUGGCUCCCCGAAGGCCGACCAGCAGCUUCUGGAGGACAUUACCAACAGGGUAAGGCUGCGAGCCCGCCAUGUUCCCGAGCUCUGGUCAACGCUGAGGAGGGUUUAUCUGACGUCUGCUCCUCCUUCCUGCAGGCUCUGAAGGAAGACGGCGUCUUCAUCGUGACCUCCAAAAGGUCAACUCUGGACAGGUGCCGCCUACCCAUCGGCAUAAGACUUUUCGUCUCCGCCGGCCACACACACGGCGAUAUCCUGAAGGCGUCGGCGUCGCUGAAGAGGGUGGCGGCGGCGGCGCUCUCGGAGCCCAUCUGA